CUACGGGCGGGAAUCGUGGGUAGAGAGUCUGUAUAUGUACAGUGUGAUCAUGUCGGAAACUGCGCCUGCUGUUGCAGUGACAGCGGCUGCUGCUGCAGCUCCUGUUCCAGUUUCAAAGGUUCAAGCUAAAAAGCCGAAGAAGGUGGCAGAAGGCUCCAAACUCCGGAAGACCGCGGGUCCCAGUGUGACCGAGCUGAUCACUAAGGCGGUGUCCGCUUCCAAGGAGCGCAAGGGGGUCUCGUUGGCCGCUCUGAAGAAGGCUCUGGCCGCCGGAGGGUACGAUGUGGAGAAGAACAACAGCCGCAUCAAGCUGGGGCUCAAAAGUCUGGUGAAUAAGGGCACCUUAGUUCAUACUAAGGGUAUCGGUGCUUCGGGCUCUUUUAAGCUUAGCAAGAAGCCUGGUGAGACCAAGGAAAAGGCUCCCAAGAAGAAACCAGCGGCAAAGCCUAAGAAAGCAGCUGCCAAGAAGCCCGCCAGCGCCGCCAAGAAACCCAAAAAGGCUGCGGUGGCAAAAAAGAGCCCGAAAAAAGUCAAGAAACCAGCUGCAGCGGCCAAAAAAACGGCCAAGAGCCCGAAAAAGGUUAAAGCGGCCAAGCCUAAGAAGGCAGCUAAGAGCCCCGCUAAGGCCAAAGCAGUGAAGCCCAAGGCUGUCAAGGUCAAGCCGACGAAACCAAAAACAGUGAAGGCGAAGAGGGCCGCUCCUAAGAAGAAGUGAAAU